ACUCCGAUGCAUUUUGCAGCCAUGAUUGGACAUGCCGAGAUGGUUGACUUUCUUCUCUCCAAGGGAGCAAGAAUUAAUGCACAAGACGUCCACGGCGCCACACCACUUCACAUGGCUAUCAGCAAUUCCCAUCUGGCGGUCGUCAAACUUCUAGUCCAGUCCGGGGCG